AUGAAUGAUCUUUCAUCCGGCAUUGAAAGUUUACAACUAUCCUCCAGAAGCGUGGAAGAAACUAAAAUUAUAAGGAAAAACCACGCCUUUUUAAGAGAUGUUCUGUUAUUCGCGCCGGAAUUUGGUUCAUGGAAAAAUCAGACGUUCGACAAACCUUUUCAUCUGGUUUUGGGCAAAUUUCCGAGUGUCAAUGAAAGAUUUGAUGGUACAAUGAGGCUCCGUAAUUAUACAGUGCAGAACGUUGUUCGUGUUGAAAAUCCAUUUCUUCUGGCCCAGUAUUAUUUGAAAAAAAUCCAGAUAGAAAAACGAAAUGCUACGGUGGGCGAGAAAAAGUAUUUUCAUGGGACGAAGGGGCAUAAUGUGGUGCCGAUUUGUUUGAACAACUUUAAUUGGAGAAAAGUUGUAACGGGCAAAUUUGGUCAUGGCAUAAGUUUUUCACCAAGAUCUGAUUAUUCCAGACAUUCAUGUUCUUUUAUGUUCAAUUUAGAAAAGUCAGAGAUAAAAAAAUAUUUAUUUGCAUAUGAUAACGAAAUUAGCGAUUAUUAUUAUGCAAUGUUUUACGUAAAAGUCCUUCAAGGAAACGAGCAUUAUGGAUCUCAUCACACAUUUGUUCCUAAUCCCGGAUAUGAUACAACCACCAAUGGAAAGGGUACAGUAUAUGUAAAAUAUGAGGAUGCUGAGUUUUAUCCAGAAUAUAUUGUUUUGAUGACAUAA